AGAGGGCGCAGUUUGGUAAACUCGCGAUGACUGACUUCGACCUGCACUGUGACAACACUCAUAGAAAAUCGCGAGUUGAUAAAUUAUUAAUUUAGUCAUAAUAAAUAUUACAAUAAUUGUUUUGAAAAAUAGAAAAAUGGCAGAAAUUGAUGACUGGCAGCCUCCAACAGAAGCAGAAAUGAAAGUUAUCCAAGCUAAACGGGAACGAUCCGACAAAAUUAGUAAACUGAUGGGCGACUACCUUUUAAAAGGGUACAAGAUGCUCGGAACAAGUUGUUCCACAUGCCUGACAAUUUUAUUACGUGAUAAGCAAAACAAAGAUUAUUGUGUUGCCUGUAAUGAACUAGAUACAGAACAUGCCAAAGAUAACCCAGUUCUAAGUGAAGCAGCGGCAAGGUCAAUAGUUCAAGAAGGUCAACGCCCUCAUGAAGUAGCUCACAACGGUCCAAUAAACGGAUCGGAGCGUGUAACAGAAACCUCAGCUGUUAAGAGGAAAUUGGAAUCACCUAAAGUACCAUACGAACGCAAUCAACGUUUACCAACACACCGUAGCAACAAUGAUGAACUAUCGUCAAAAGUUCAGGCAGUAGUGGAUGAUUCGAUGGAAGGUGUCUGCGAGAAGCUUGCAUGGGCUCGGGAAGAACUACGUGCUAGCAAUUCGAUAGAAGUCAGUCUAAAAAUCUGUGAGCUGAUGAAGCUAUGCGCCGAAACUAUAGUUACUUUAAAAAAAGCAGGCCCAUCAGAGUUAUGAUGCAUCUUCGGUUGAAAUGUUUCUCAAUCUAGGAUUAAACCUAAAUUAAUUUUCCUCAGCUUCACUGUAUUAUGGUUGUGGGUGGGGGAAAUAGAGGGAAAAGCAGAUGAUGUACAUUGCUCCAGAAAUUUGUUGACAUGGGGCCUACAAGCCCGAUGGCACCUGAACCAAGGGGCCGCCUUAGGCCUCUGGUAGAGUCUAGGAGUGAAACCUGGUGGGAUCAAGAGCUUUUAGGAUGGCAACAUUUUUUGUUUCACCAUACCAGGCCCGAGAUUUAUCAAUCUCAGCUUAGCAAAUGUCUGAAGUCAAAAAAAAAUAAGAUGUCCCUAAGCAAAUAACUUCAGAUGAUUUAUCAAACCAUGUUAGCAAAAUCUUAGCGUAAAAAUCGUCUUAGAUGGCGCAGGCAUACAAUCGACUUUUUAAUUUUAAAUUUAAGCCAUAUUGAUAAAUUGGACUUAAGCAAAAAAAAUGGACUUAAGACAAAUUUAAGGUGAUUUCUAGUUUGAUAAAUCUGGCUUCUGGAACUGUAGUCACAUUAUUUUUGGUGACAUUAGCAAUUGAAUAUUUAUAUUCCUAGAAACCUCAAGGCAUCCGACAACAGGUCGUCAUCGGAAGUUUCCAUUCUGGUCUUCCAUAGGAUCCUCCACUGUUAACAUUCAGGACCAUUGCAAAAUAGCAUUAGUCAUAAAUUAUGCAAUUUGCUACAUAUAUUCUGGGUAGAUGAUAUACAAAGCUUUUUGCUUGCCAAAGUUAUUAGUUAAAGGUAAAAUUGCGUGGGAAGUACAGUACAGUAACAACAGUGGUUUCUUUAAAUGGUUGAAAGGAAAAUGUUUAGAGAUUAUUGGAUUAAUUGUUGAAAAUGAGACCAAAGAGUAUAAAACUGCAAGAGGUCCGACUCUUGUGGUUUUGUUGAAAUGCAAUCCUAUCACAAAGUACUACCACAAACUAGAGGGCAUCCUUCAAUAGAACGUAAAAGGUGUUCAAAAAUAGGGCGUCCCCUAAACGUUUUAUUGGGUACAUACCAAAUCAGGACAGUCGGACCUUUUGCAAUUCUAUUAUUUUUGAUGAGAUAUUAUUAUUAGUUACUUUGUGCAAUAAUAAUGCUUACUAUUUUGGGAUACUGUAUAUCCAUUUAGCCACAGGUGUCCUUAAUAUUUCAAUUCCUGUAUGUUUUACCUGGUUUGUAUAAACCUCCCCCAUCUCCCCUCAGACUUUUAGAAUUCAUAUAUGGAAUGGGCUUAAGCAAAGUCUAGAGGACCUGGUAUGUUCUGGUCUGAUGUAAGAACAGGGUGUCUAGAAUCUUGGAAUGUGUGCAUUAAAUAAACAAAUAAGCAGUAAUGUUGUCUAUCUCUUGUUGUAUGCUUGCCUUAA